UUACAUAUAACUGUAAUGCUUCUUUUCAUUGAAUUAACCAUUUCUCCCUUUACUUAAACUCUACUCCACAAUCCUACAGCUCCCUCCUCUGCAACCCGGUGCUUUUCUUUUGGAGAGCUUGCCUCUUUUUUAACCCAAACAAGUCCUAUUGACCUCUGUCUCUUCCCUCUAACAUAUCAGUGUUCUUCUUGGUCCGAUCUCCGCUCUUUUCAGCUAUGUGGUGGCUGCUUGCUGGGUUGUGCUGUGUGCUGGUGGCUUUGCUCUUCACCUUUUUCCUGACCACCGGCAAACGCUAUAAGGUGUUCAGCGAGAAGUGCCUGAGACCACCUGGGCCCCUGGUCACGGACCAAAAGCAGAGGGACGCCAGGCUGAAGAAAGGGUUUCGUGAGGACCAAAUCCCCCCUGCUCUGGAUGCAGUGGUGAUCGGCAGUGGCAUUGGAGGUCUGGCAGCAGCAACGCUGUUGGCCAAAGCGGGGAAGAGGGUUUUAGUCCUGGAGCAACAUGACCAGGCUGGAGGCUGCACACACACCUUCCAGAAUAAGGGAUUUGAGUUCGAUGUGGGCAUCCAUUACCUGGGCCAGCUCCAUGAGAACGGCCUGUUAAAAGUUGCUCUGGACCAGAUCACAGAGGGACAGCUACAGUUCACAAAGUUAGAGCAGCACUAUGACACAGUCUUUCUGGGUCCACCCGACCAACGCCGAGAAUACCACAUUCAUGCAGGGAAGACUGAGAUGGCAGCCUCCCUAAAGAAACAGUUCCCAGGAGAGGAGGGAGCCAUCGAUGAGUUCAUGAGACUGAUGAAGCUUUCGUCUCGGAGGACCCCUUUGAUUGCGGCUUUGAAGAUCAUUCCCUCCUGGCUUGUCACCGUUCUGGUCCGAACUGGCCUCCUGCAUCGCAUGUCUGCUGUGUUUCGUCUGGCCACCACCAGCCACUCAGACAUGAUGUCCAGCCUCACAGAGAACAAGGACUUGCAGGCUCUGUCUGCCUACUUCUUCUACGGCGUUCCUCCCAAAAGCUCCAGCUUCCUCAUCAACGCUCUUCUGCUCCACCACUAUAAACGGGGCGCGUACUACCCUCUGGGGGGUGCCAGUGAAUUUGCCUUUCACAUCAUUCCAGUCAUUCAGCAGGCAGGCGGGGAAGUGCUGGUCAGGGCCCCGGUGCAGCGAAUCCUGGUCAACAGCCAGGGGAAGGCUUGUGGUGUGACGGUUCUUAAAGGAAAAAGGGAGAUUGAGAUCCAUGCCCCUGUUGUUAUUUCCAAUGCUGGCAUUUUCAACACCUUCCAGAAAUUUCUACCUCAGCACGUACAGGAAAAAACAGAGAUCCAGUCCCUUUUGGGAGGGGUUCGACACGGAAUGGGUUCCUUUUUGGUGUUUGUUGGUCUCGACGGAACCAAAGAGGAGCUGGACAUUGUUUCAACCAACUUUUGGAUGUAUAAGGACAACGAUUUGGAUACUCUAAUGGAGCGAUACAGUUGUCUGAGCAGAGAGCAAGUGUUGGGGAACAUCCCCAUGAUGUUCAUCACUUUCCCCUCUGCUAAAGACCCCACAGCCAGCAUCAGGCAUCCAGGUAAGUCUUGCAUGACACUGCUGACCAUGGCACGCUAUGAGUGGUUCGAAGAAUGGAGCGGCACAAAACUCGGCAAGAGAGGGCAGGACUACCUGGACCUGAAGGACAGCAUGGCCCAGGAGCUUCUGGAGUGGGCUUUAAUCAUCUUUCCUCAACUGCGAGACAAGGUGGUGAUGGUGGAUGCUGCAACCCCUCUAACUAAUGUCCACUACCUGGGAGCUCCGAGAGGUGAGAUGUACGGCGCCGAGCACAACUUGGAGCGAUUCAUCCCUGAAACAGUGGCCAAAACACGACCCCAGACACCAAUCGAUGGGCUCUAUUUAACAGGUCAGGAUGUGUUCUGCAACGGCAUGGCUGGAGCUCUGCAUGGCGCCCUGCUCUGCGCCUCUGCUGUCCUGAACCAGAUCCUCUACAUAGACCUGUUCGCCCUGAAGACCCGCCUCAAAAAGAAGCAGAACAAUCAUGACAAGACCUUGUAACGAUAUGCGAAUGGCUGAGUUUUGUUUUCUUUUAGAAUUCUUUUAGUUCUACUCACAGUUUUUCGUAGUUUAUUAAAAAGAGGGAAGCCUCAAAUUAAUAAACAAACAAACAAAACUCUCCACAUUCAAGACAGAGAACUGGAGCUACACAGUUUUCUUUCUUUCUUUUUUGUUUCAUAGGUGUCCAGGAAGUGAAUCAAAGUGUGAGGAGAGUGAAAUGCCACCGGUGCAUGUUUCAUUGAGCUCCCACACAGCUGGGAAGUUUUUAUAAGUUUUCAAACCACUCCGUUUGUUACUGAUUUUGACCCCACUUUCUGUUUUUCACUUGUAAUAAAAACAGCAUUUGGAAUUAAACCAAAAGAUGUUUUCUCACAAACAUUCCAUUUCCUCUCAUUGCUAGAAUACAACACACUACAAACUUAUUGUUAUAAGUUUUAUAAGUAUUAUAAGUAAAUUCUAUAAACUGAAAUUAGUUCUUACAGACCAACAUCUUCAUAUGCAAAAUUGAAAUUAAGUAUGUUUGUAUUUAAGUGAAAACAUGUCCUGGAAUUUGGACAUUUAGCACUUGAAAUAAUUUGUAAAAAGUUGUCUGUUUGUUCCAAACACAUGUUAAGUGUGAAACAAUCUGAGACAAUUUUAUCUUCCUGUUUCCUUCUUGAAUAAAAUGUACUGUGUCACACUAACUGUAGUAUACUCAACCACAAAAUAUUGAUGCUGCAAGUCAUAUUCACCCAUUUCCAUGCACAAAUUAAAAAAUUACAAAUAUCGAGUUACCAUGAAUUAUAAACAUGUUACUUCCAUAAAAAAAAGCUUUACCAGCCACAUAAAAAGUAGAAACAUAAACCACAAGUAUGGUGAAUUUAGCAAGCUAUUUGGGUCACAGCAUCCCGAAUGUAUCAUGUAAUAAUGGCAAUUUUGUUUGUUCCUCUCACCCAAAGAAUUUUUUGUAUUGUUAACUCUACAUUAAUGCAACUACAACAAAUAAAUCCUAAUCUGGAUCUGAUUAAAUAUUGUAAUAUGUGCAAUAAUUGCAAAAGUAGUGAGCACUGUCAGCAAAAUCUGAAUCAGGAUUCAUUUUAUUGACCAAGUGUUAAUACAAGGAUUUUUACAUGGUUGUGAUGCAGAACAUGCAUACGAGCUACGUAGAAUUACGAAAACCAGAAAUCAGACAUUCAAAAGUAUAUAUAGAUAGAAACUAAAGAUAAAUAAAAGUGUGAUAAUGAAGAUUAAAUUAAAUGUAUCUCAAACUAAGGUUUGUGUAUGGCUGUUUGUCAUUUUUCUUUGUGAUGGACUGGUAACAUAUCCAGGGUGUACCAUGCC